CCGAGCCAGUAAGCAACAAACACCAACCGCUGCACCUGAACCUCUUCCAUGGUCUCACCUGCACUACAAUUCUUUCGAGUCCAUUGAAUCGUUGAUUGAUUGACUGAUUUCUAUCAAUUCCUCACAUCGGUUCUGAAUAUGUUCGCGCGGUCCGCUUUCAGGCUCUCUCAGCCUGCGAGACAGAGCUUUCGCAAAUACUCCACCGAGGCACCCGCCAAGAACAACACAUUCAAGAAUGUUGCCUUUGGGAUUGGUGCCAUUGGCAUCGGUGCCGGGAUCUACAGAUACACACAGGGAAACAGUGCCUCUGCUGAGACCAAGCUGAGCAGCCCAGUCUUCACUGGCGGUGAACAGGGCUUCGUGAACCUCAAAGUUAGGGAAAUCGAGGAUCUCAGCCCCAACACCAAAAGACUCCGCUUCGAAUUCGCCGACAAGGAUGCGCCCUCUGGCUUGCACAUUGCAUCUGCCCUUAUCACCAAGUUCACCCCUCCAGGUGCUGAAAAGCCUGUCAUUCGUCCUUACACGCCAGUUACUGAUGAAGACCAACCCGGCUACUUGGACCUGAUCGUCAAGGUUUACCCCAAUGGACCCAUGUCUGAGCAUAUCCACAGCCUGAAUGUUGGUCAAAGCCUGGACUUCAAGGGGCCAAUCCCUAAAUAUCCUUGGGUGGCCAACAAACACAAGCACAUCGCCGUCCUUGCUGGUGGCACUGGUAUCACCCCCAUGUACCAGCUGAUCCGUGCUAUCUUCAAGAACCCCGAUGACAAGACCAAGGUCACUUUGGUUUAUGGAAAUGUCAGCGAGGAGGAUAUCUUGUUGAAGAAGGAGCUUCAGGACUUGGAGAACACCUACCCACAGCGAUUCAAGGCCUUCUAUCUCCUUGACAAGCCACCCAAGGAAUGGACUGGCGGCAAAGGCUACAUCACCAAGGAGCUACUCAAGACUGUGCUCCCAGAGCCCAAGGAAGAAGAUAUCAAGGUCUUUGUCUGCGGGCCGCCUGGCUUGUACAAGGCCAUUAGCGGAGGCAAGUUGAGCCCGAAGGACCAAGGAGAGUUGACGGGCUACCUCAAGGAGCUCGGCUACUCCAAGGAACAGGUCUUUAAGUUUUAGAUGUAAAUGCAGCGAUUGUGAUUUCGAGUAUAUCAACUCUACAAUGUAGCUUUAGAAUUUUCCUCUCGUGAAUAAAAAUGCGUUAAAUAUCA